GCUCCAGCGUCUCUGGCAGUGCCUUUCGAGCAAGCGAGUGUCGGUCAUCCACAAUGUCCAGUGGAACUGCAAAUCUUGUGCCCGCAGAACAUGGAACACCACUAUCCUGUCUCCCUCGCGAGAUCUUUCUGCUCAUAUUAGAUCACACUUCUGUACACGACCUUCUCCACAUCCGCGCGGUUUGCCGCUCAUGGUGGACGGACGCGUUGCAUACCGCGGCCAUCAAAAUGAACGCUGCAAAAGCCGAUGCGGCCACAAUCUCCGACCGUAUUUCGGCGCUGGUCUCCACUGACGGAGAGUGGUACGACGAGCCGCUUAAGCGUGCUAGUCUUGUUUGCAGCGGAGUAAGAAUGGUUGGAGACGAAGAGGAGGUACAAGUAGACUAUGACAAUGCCGAUGGGGAUCCAAAGAUCAGGGCGCCGCAGAUCUCGAAUGUGCGGUUUGUGUUUGGCCCAAAGAAGGGCCACUGGCCUGUAUUGGGAUAUUUUGUCAAUUCUGAAGGAAGGAUUGAAAUCUCAAUCAAUGGGAAAUUGACCAUCACAUUUGAAAACUCAAGUUUUUUAUCCGACUCUGUCGUUCAACGCGGGGAUGGGUGGUGCAUAGCUUGCACCUUGCGCGAUCGACCUGACAUUGAACCGGGUACUGAAAAAGCGGUAGGACUACCAUCGUGGUGGACUGGGAGACGUUUUUGGGGCUUACCCAGCGAGGUUUAUUACUGUGACAUGCAAGUGGAUGAGCUGGAAGUGAGUCUGGGCUGGAUGCUCCGAUUGACCAAACCACGAGAUGGCAAACGAUCUAUAGAGUAACUUCAGUGGAAACAGAGUUUUUUUUUUCUUUGCAAAAUUGCAACAUAACAAUAUGUACAUACAAAUAUUAUCCCAAUAAUGAUCAACUCUUAAACAGA